GUCCAUGGGAGUGUGAGUACAGUUAUGGGGGAGAGGCUGACCUUCACAGACAUUACGAAAGGUGUCAGAAAAAUCCAGGACACAAGAACUUUAUACCUGUAGACAAGUUCAGUAUUGAAUAUCUUCCCGAAGAUUACCGCGACAAGGAAGUGGUAGAUUAUAUCCGAGCAGUGUCAGACCUGACAGUUCGUGUGUCAGUCGGGUAUGUCAGUGAAAAGAGACCAGAGACCGUUCCUAAUACUAACAAGCCCUACCCAUGUUACAGUGUCAGGGGUCAGUGUAGGUUGACAGUUGGGACAGGGUUUGUCAGGUCUGUAGAUGUGUUCACUUCAGAUCUGGGACACCACUGUGGAUGUAAGGAUUGUUUGAACUCUUCUACACCAGAGAUGAACUUUGCUAUAGUUGAAGUGAUUACCGCAACCCAUGUAGUCUUUGACGGUCUUGAGGGAGAACACACCACGUGCCAUCUGUUCUUUGACAGAGGAGGUACUCCAGACACUUGUAGCGGUGUCGUCACACUGCCUGGCAUGUCAAAUGUUUUCAAUAAUGUUCCUGAAGAUUGCUGUUUCAUGUACCAUUAUACACAUGACCUGGAUCUCGCACGUAAACUUCUGCAGACAACACAGCAAAUGUACAGAUUAAGUUACAUCCUUACGAACGAUAACAAGUUUUAUUUUCGUAUAGUCAAACAAAACAGAGAUGUUCUAGAUAAGCAGCCAUUGUUGUUUUUAGUGUCUCACCCUCACGGAUGUAGUAAACAGAUCAGUCUGGGCUACGUCACAAGUGCACACAAGUUCAAUGAUGCCAUCGUGAAUUUGUUCUACAACACGGCUACGUGUCCAGGGUCUAGUGGCGCUCAUGUGCUUGUAACUGAGAAUUUUACAUCUCUAGGUUUAGAAAAAGUAUUAUUGUUUUCUUGUGCGGUUCAUUGUGGUGUUUCUGAGGAGCAGCAUGAGUUCAAUUUUUGUGAGUCUGAUAAAGGUCAGUAA